GACAAGUUAAUGCCAGGAAGUUAAGAUGUCGGUUGUAAAGUGGUUUUAAAACGCAACUGUUCAACUAUGUUCGUAAGGAGUAAUUAAUAAAUGAUGUAUAAAACAUUCGCUUCAUCAUUUAAUCAAAUAAAGAUAUGUUUAGAGUAUAAGUUUGACUGACUUGAUGAUUUAAGUGAAAAUGUAAAAGAAAGAUAAGACAAUACAAAAUGGUAGCAAAUGUAUCAUUCUUCGUUCUUUUGUCAGUGUCAUGUUGUAAAGGUACGCUCUACAUACCUACUGGAACCUCUCACUGGCAAGGUUACAAUAAUGGUUGUAUUCCAGCCACACCAAAAGUAAAAGUUGGUACUGACAUGAAUUAUUAUGUUGAUGAAAGUCUUGGUGUAGAUUUGCCGUUCAAUGACAAAGUAUGGGUGGGUUAUUACCAGGUAUUGAGAGUAUUUGAGUAUAUAGGAUGUGUAUCGAUGGAAAGCAUUGUCAUAAACAACGAACAACACCCCUUUGUUGAAAUAAAUGGUGAACCUGGACAUUGUUUUCCAGGAUGUGGUGAUCACACUAUAGUUGGAAUAACAAACACAAAGUGUUACUGUUUGGGUUCAGACAUAAUGCUAAGAAAUCCUACACAUACAGACUGUACUCACAAAUGUAACCGCCCUAUUGUUUCGUGCGGUUAUGAUAGUACGUCAAUGCAAUAUGCUUUCCUAUCAAUUUACAAAAUGAACCCAAGUGUUACAGCUAGUGCAAUACUCAAUGCAAAGGGAAAGGAACAUAACUGUCUAUCGUUGAAUCCUACCGUUACGAAAAGCUUUAUUUGGGUUAAAUGUACCCAUGCCUUAGUACCAAUGUGUGCAAAUGUUAAGUAUACAUUGAAUCGUUAUAAAAAAAUCAUUGUGUUUAAGUUUUUUUACCUUUGAAAUAUGAACAAACCGUCAAUGUUGUAAACGCAUUUGACCAAAUUUUGCAAUAGUAUACAUAUAUAUAAACAAACAUACUCAAUAUUAAUGAUAACAUAAUUGGAUAAAACUUAGAAAUGUAUUACUUCAGCUUUAUGUUCCAGCUUUAAAAAUGUCAGAAUGCUUGUAUUUAUCAUGGGGAUAUAGAAAACAAUUAUCAGUCUUUCUCUUGAUAUAUUUGCUAAAUAUUUAUCCAAAAACAAAUUAUAUAUAUUUAAAAAAGUAUUGAAUUUUCUUUCUUUAUUUGUUCGAAACGAAAUUUUACAAGAGACCUCAACUGGAAAUAAAGUUUCUGUUGUAGUUAUUUAGCAAAUUAUAAAAGAUGAGUAAAUUGGGUAUUGAUUCCAAUUUUUUAUAUUAUUAUUUGUAUAGUUGAAUGUACACUACUUGCUGCAAAAUUAUGAGGUACUUUAAAUGUUGACCAAAGAAAGCUAUUAGAUUGACUUUAAAUUUGUUGCAAAUUAAUUUUGACCGGCAAAGGUGCCUAAAAUGUUUUGGUUUUUAUUAUUAUUUCAUAUUUUUAUUUUGUUGUCCGAAAAUUGAAUUGAAUAAUCAUUUGCUGAAUGAACUUACACAUAUCUUUCGCUUAAUUUAUUUUCUUUUUCAUCUAUUGAAUAGGAGGUAGUGUCCAAACAUUAAACCUAACACAUGCAAGUCAACAAUACUUGACAUGGAUUGAUGCAGCGAAUGUUUGUUUUACAAAUAAAAUGUUUCCAACAGAUUAUUCAAAUGCAAAGGAUGUACAUCGACACGACGGGUCUCAACUGUGGACUGGGAUGUUUAAAACAAAAAUAGUUUACAAAUAUGAUUCAUACAUUCCUGCUGAACGACGUGAGGAUAAAAAUUUUUAUGGUUACUUAACUGGAAAUGUUGAAGACGGAGUGAAAUUGCAAUUUACAGAAAUAAAUUUCAACCAUAGAAGACUCUGUGAUGACGGGAAAAAUGGUGAAAAAGAAAAAUUAACUCGUUCAACAAAGUCAUUGUCAUCUACAGAAACAAUCACAACCAUUCCCUCGAAUGUCUCUUCCACUACCAUAAAUAUAAACGGACAGAGUCCGUUUAGUGAAUACGUUAUUAUUGGAGUAUGUGUUUCUUUGGUUCUGCUGUCUUUGAUUAUUGUGUCAUUGGCAUGUUUCUGUUGGCAAAGCAAUAAACACAAAGACAGAAAUGCUCUGAAUAAAGGAAAUAAAACGAAAACAACAGUCGAUGAUCAGAAAGAUGACCAUGAAGUUUCAGAGCACAAUAAUGGAAACAAUAACUACUUUGUUCUUGAACCAGUAGAGUACCAAGAUGUCAACAUUGAUGAAUCAUAUGAUACAGCAGCAGGUGACCUGACGUAUGAUACCACAAAAGAUAUUACACAAUAUGAAAAAGUUUCAGUAGACAAUGUUUAUAACCAACUCCAAGCUGAAGCUACUUAUGAUCAUGCCGAAGCUGUUAAUAAAAGCAACCGGGCAGAAACAAGUCAAGAUGAGAUUGAUGAAAUGUAUGGUAAAAGUAUCGUGGUAACUAAAACAUGUUACAAUGAUAGACACACAGACAACAUCUACAAUCGAGGUGAAGAACUUGAAGAUAAUGAGUAUAAUCAUCUUGGACCUGAAGUUAGAAAGUUUAAAACAGAUAACGUGUAUGGUGUUCAGGAGAAACAGUAACAAAAAUGACAAAGUUUUUUUUAUAUCAAUUUGGUAUAACGUGCCAUAAAUUCAAUUGACUGUUUGUAUUUCUGUGUAUGUAUGUCUUUCUUUGUUAUUUAUUUUCCAUUGUCCUCUUUCCAAUUUGGCAUUAGAACCCUGUUCGGUUCAUAAGUGAAUACCAGCUUCUAGUUUCUAACAUAUGUCCGUUAGCUGAAUGUGUAUGUAACUUGCCGCUUGAUUUAUUUUGUAACAAUCUGACUUAUACAAAGUCUGUCGACUAUCACCAAGGAGUCUACUAAUUCACAAGUAAUGUUUAAAAAUAACUAUGUGUUUUCAUUGUAAAAAUAGGUCUUAAUUUCAAUUCAGUUAAAAUGGAAAAUGUUCCUAUUUAUACUGUCUUAUAAAUACUAUUUGCCAGGUAAAAAAAACAACGCUAUUUAAAGAACUAUUUUUUGACAAACAUUGAUCAUUUAUGUAUAUUUAUGUAUCGAUGUAUUACCCAUGCCGCUUUUGUGACUCCGUUAAAAUGGUAUUCCAUGUCCGUGCAUGUAUUUUCUCGUGAUGUUAUUUGCGUUAUACAAAUCCAGUGUCUUGUAUUAAGACUCGUUAAAUGUUAGCGUUACACUAAAGGAGCGUAAAUGAAAAAUGAUUUUUUUUCACUUUAAACAGUCUUUAUUUUAGGUAUAUGAUAAAUAUAAUAUUAUAUUUGUAUAUGUUCUUUCCUGAACUUAUUGAACUCGUUGAAAAAAAAUGAUAUUAUGCUCGCAAGUAAAGUCAGUAUUGAACUUAUAUUCAUUCAAUAUCAUCUAUAUAUGAAACAUCGACGAUAAGUGAAAAAAUUGCAAGGACAAAAUAACUCUGUUACGUAAAUUUAGCACAAGUGAACGACUUUAAGGUGACAUCCUUGUCAUAUCUUUAUAAAAUUGAUUACAUUUUUAAUUUCAGUAGUAAAACAACAUUAAGAAAACA